CGGGGCGCCCGCCGCCUUAUCUCGGCGCCUCCGGGCCGCAGGAGGAGUCGCGGGCGCGCGGGGUGGGAAGUGGCGGUGGUAUGGCCCGGGGGCCCCGGGGCGCGGGCUUCCCGCCUGGCCGCCUGCUGUCGCUCCUGCUGCUGCUGCUGCUGCUGCUCUGCCUGGCCCGCGGCGCGCCCCGGACACCGGGCGCAGACGAUUCAGAUGUCUGUGCCAGUUGCCACCAACAUGCUACGUGCGAGCAAAAAGAAGGGAAGAAGAUGUGUAUUUGCAAAUACGGAUUUGUGGGCAAUGGGAGGACUCACUGUAUUGAUAAAAACGAGUGCCAGUUUGGAGCCACCGUGGUCUGUGGGAACCACACAUCUUGCCACAAUACACUUGGAGGCUUUUACUGCAUUUGCUUAGAAGGAUAUCGAGCCACAAACAACAACAAGACGUUCAUCCCCAAUGAUGGCACCUUUUGCACAGACAUAGAUGAGUGUGAGGUUUCCGGCCUGUGCAGGCACGGAGGACGGUGUGUGAACACUCAUGGGAGCUUUGAAUGCUACUGUAUGGACGGACACCUGCCGAAGAGCGGGCCUGAGCCUUUCCAUCCCACCCGAGAUGCCACGUUAUGCACAGAAAUAGACUGCGGCACCCCUCCUGAGGUCCCAGAUGGCCAUAUCAUAGGAAAUUAUACCUCCAGGUUUGGCAGCCAGGUUCGUUAUGCUUGCAAGGAAGGAUUUUUCAGUGACCCAGAAGAUACAGUUUCAAGCUGCACAGCCUCGGGCACAUGGGAGUCCCCAAAAUUAAAUUGCCAAGAGAUCAACUGUGGGCGCCCUCCGGAAGUGCCGCACGCGGUCCUGGUGGGCAAUCACAGCUCCAGCCUGGGUGGUGUGGCUCACUACGUCUGUCAAGAGGGCUUCGAGAGCUCUGGAGGAAAGAUCACUUCCGUUUGCACAGGGAAAGGCACCUGGAGAGCAAGUGCUUCCACGUGUACAGAAAUAAUUAUAGAAAUUAAUGACUUGGCAGUAUUUAAUAACACCUGCGUGAGAUGGCAAAGAAACCCAAGAAGAAUAAACUCUGAGCUCGUGUAUGAGAUACACAUAAAAGGACAACGGUUGGAUCCAACGGAAUCAGUUCAUGAGGAGACAGUUCAUUUGACCACGAACAGCAGGACCCCGGAAGUGUGCCUGGAUCUGCACCAGGGCACCAACUACACCGUGAGCAUUUCUACCACCCCUCCCAGGCGCUCUGUGCCAGCCGUCAUUGCGUUCCAGACAGCUGAAGAUGACCUCUUAGAAGAUGAUGGAAUUUUCAAUAUUUCAAUGUUUAAUGAAGCUUGUCUGAAAUUGCACAGGCAUUCUAGGAAAGUUGGAUCAGAACAGGUGUACCAAUUUAAAGUUCUGGGUCAAAGGCAGUAUCUGAAUAAUUUUUAUCAUUCAACAUCAUUUAACUUCACAACGAGGGAACGAGCUGCCGUCCUGUGUUUAGAUCUGUAUCCGGCAACUGAUUACACAGUGAAUGUCACCCUCCUGGGAUCCCCCCAGCGGCACUCAGUGCAAAUAGCGACAACAACCGCACCAGCAGUAAAACAGACCAUCAGUAACAUUUCAGUAUUUAAUGAAACCUGCUUGAGAUGGAGAAGCAUGAAGACAGCUGAUAUAGAGGAGAUGUAUUUAUUCCACAUUCGAGGCCAGAGAUGGUAUCAGAAGGCAUUUGCCCAGGAAGUGAUCUUUAAUAUCACUGCCAGCAGCCAAACUCCUGAGACGUGUUUGGACCUGAGUCCAGGUACCAACUACAGUAUCAGCAUCCAGGCUUUGUCUUCUGAACUUCCCGUGGUCAUCUCCCUGACAACCCGGAUAACAGAGCCUCCCCUUCCGAAAAUAGACUUUGUCACUGUGCACGGAGGGCCUCUACCACGUCUGAGACUGAGGAAAGCCGAGGAGAUAAACGGGCCUAUCAGUUCAUAUCAGGUGUUAGUGCUUCCCCUGGCCCUCCAAAGCACAUUUGUUUGUGAUUCUGAAGAGGCUCCCUCCUUCUUUAGCAAUGCUUCUGAUGCCAAAGGAUAUGUGACUGCAGAACUGCUGGCCAAAGACAUUCCGAGUGAUGCCAUGGAGAUAUCUAUCGGAGACAGGCUAUACUAUGGGAAAUAUUAUAAUGCACCCUUGAAAAAAGGGAAUGAUUACUGCAUUAUAUUGCGAAUCACAAGUGAACUGAGUGAGAAGAAGCUCCUGUGCGGUUUGGGCUCAGGUCAAAGAUUCAUCACUGACGCUGCAGCAGGUGGUGGGCGUUGGGCUGGGCUCCAUGGCUGCUGUGAUUGUUCUCGCAUUCCUCUCCUUCUCAGCAGUGUGAUCGAGGAUGGGUGUGGCGUGAAGAGGAUGCACUGCUGCUGGGGUAGAUGUUCCGACAGCUUCUCAGGUGCCUGCCAGUGAAGAGGACCCAAAAGAGGGCUCAGCUCCAAGAACCAGAGGGAACCUGGGUUGUCCUGGGAUGAUUGCUGUGAACUGAGAUCUCACCGAAAUGAACCAGAUGACGCAGACUGCUGGAUCGUGUGGACUUUGCAAUGCUGGGAUGGUCAGGGACCAUGCUGCCGUCUUGCUAAAGAGGGGACGAGCCUAGGAAAGGGGAAUGGUCAUCACAGAGCCUAGGAAGGGGCGGCAGCUGGGCAGUGCAACAUCUGCAUUGAACAAGGAAGACUGUGUCUUGGUCCUGGCCAGAGAGUAUAAAUGUCGAUACCGCGUAUAAUCCUGUAAGGGAGAUGCUGCACAGAACUAACUGCCAGGCUGGAAGACUAGCACGUCUCCAGCUUGCCACCAAGGGCACAAAACAGCUGAUCUGCCUGCCCGUGAUCUGCAUUCAUAAGCAUUCUUACUGGCUUGCUUUCUUUUCUUUUUUCUUUUUCUUUUUUCCUGCUUGAAAUAUUUUUUAAAAAUUUGUAUACAAUUUUUAAAGGUUAUAUUCCUUGUACAGUUAUUUCAAAAUAUUGGUUAUAUUCUCCAUGUUGUAAAUACAUCCUUAUGGCCUAGAUUACAUCUGAUAAUCUGUACCUCCCAUUCCCCUGCCCCUAUAUUACCUCUUCUCCACCUCCCCACUGGUAACCCCUACUUUGUUCUCUGUGAACUUGCUUCUUUUUGUCAUGUUCACUAGUUUGUGGUAUUUUUUAGAUUCCACAUAUAAGUGAUGUCAUCCAGUAUCUGUCUUUCUCUGCUUACUGGAUUUCUGGUAAAUAAUUAAUACACAGUGGUACCUAGUCAAUUGUACAAUUAAUACAUAGUACAAUUAAUACAUAUUCUGGUCUGAAUGUCAGUCUGAGUUUGGUGCCUCUGGAAGAGCUCGCAGGAUUAGAUGGAGGCUGAAGGAACUCCCCAGAGGCAAAAGGACCAGCCCCUAUCGUGACCUCGAGAGAUAGCAUCUCUUAGUCUCCUGCUGUUAACACACAUCUGAUGUCAGCCACCUUCCUCCACUUCCUCUCACCUCUUCAGCCACUUCUGUGGCUUCCUCGCCCUCAACCUGCAGGCUGCUGCUGCAGACCCCCAGGGGCCUCUUAAAGGGGUUGGGGCAAGAUGCAGAGCUGGAACCCACGCUGGAGAUACGACUGGGAGAGUGCAUAAGUCUUACUCAGAGCCAGGCAUGGGAAGGCCGAGGCUUGUCACUGAAUGAAACAGAAGAAACAAAGACCCACUUCUGGAAGCCAGGGGGCUAUCUGGCUUCCUGGAGGGGCACGCAGCGCUGAUCAGACUUGGGGAGUUGCCUGUGUGCCUCAGAGGCUGCCUGGGUGUGAUGGAAGGAUAGUUGUGUUUAUGCUACUCUUGGUCCAGGACUGUGGUCUGCACUGAUUGCAUUGCACACUUAGCUUUCAAAGGUUGACCAGCUAGGUCUUUGUUGUCAGCCUCUGCCUGCAGGUGGGUUGCCAACUGGCCCUUCAUUGCCCACCCAGCUUUCAUCGGCUUUUUUGUCACCCAGGUCAUUGCCCUUAAUUCCUGGUUCAUACUACCUCUAGUCUCCUGCUGUGUAUUAGCCUGCAUUUUUGCAAACGCUGACAAAGUGUGUGAAUGGACCUAACCUUUUUAGGCUCUGUGACUUGGGCUUUGCCUAAUCGUUUGCAUACUGUGCUGCAUUCUGAUAAACUGAAAAAAAAAAAAAGAUACUGUUGGGACUAAGCUCAGCAAAAACAGCUUAUUUUGUGCAGAUACUUUCUGGGUGGAAUGAGAGCCUAAGGCUUGAGUCUGAAAGACAGAAUGCCUGGCUGUACUGAACUCUUAAGCAGUUCAACUCAGAAGCUCCCAAAUUCCCUGAUCUUAGUGAAUUCCUCUCUAAUUCUGAGGAGGUUCCUCGGGAACCCUACUCUGAGGGUGGUGAUAGACCACUAGAAUCAUUUAAAUCUCUAUUUAUAAGACACGAUAAACACUUACAGUGAAAGAAAAGCUUUUUGAAAAAACAAUCCUCCAUAGCACAUUGGGAUGGCACUGGACCCCCCCCCCCCCAAAAGAAACCAUAGCUUAAGUCUGUCUGAGUUAGAUUUUGUUUUGGAAAUACUGUGAACUCAAUACCCAGGCCGCAUACUCCAUGCCACAUACUUUAAGCCCAAAGAGAAUUUUAAAAUUAUUAUUAUUCUCAGGAAUAAACUUGCUGAACCAUCACAGUUUUUGUUUUAACUACUAGUUUGCUGAAUAUCACUCUCCAGUUGGCUUGGAGUUGCCCUGGAUGCACCCUUGAGCCCAUCUUCUGAGCCCGUCCAUCACUUGGAGAAGUGCAUUAUGGGCAGACCUCCCUGCUAACUAUAAAGGCUUGGUAGCAAUUUCAAAUUAGUGGGGCGUGAGAGACCACUACGAAAGUAUGGGAAUAAAUGUCCAAUCGUUUGGGGGACAA